CAGACCGGCGCAUAGGCUGCGCGAGGACACACGCGGCAAAGAAUUCACGGAGGUGCAGCUCGUGGAAGGUCGCGGAAACCCCGUCUCUGUGUGGAGCUCUCAGAGCCCGCAGGUCCCGGCUCGCGGAACAAGAUCUACCAGGUGCCCUGAGGACGAGGUCUCAGGACCUGGAUGUUGUCAUUCGUGGGGACACCACUGAUCAGAGCCUAAGAUUUCUACCCAGAAAUUUCGAGCAGCUCAAGAGGAGACGGAAGACACAGCGUCCAUCUUCCUGGCCAUUUCCCGGUAACAGAAGAAAAUGAUUAAGGACCAGGACUCACUCACACUGGAGGAUGUGGCCGUGGACUUCACCUGGGAGGAGUGGCAGCUCCUGGGCUCCGAGCAGAAGGACCUGUACAGGGACGUGAUGUUGGAGACCUACAGCCACCUGGUGUCACUGGGGUAUCCAGCCAGCAAGCCAGACACACUGUCCAGAUUGGAACGAGGGGAACCAUGGACAAGAGAAGGUGGACUCCACAGUGGGAUCUGCUCGGAAAUCAAGAAAAACGAUGGUCACUUACAGAGGCACUUGCAAAAUGAAAGAUGUCUAAAGAGAACAGAACAGUGCCAUGAACAUAAUGCAUUUGGAAACAUCGUUUUUUGCAGUAAAAGUAAUUUUUCUUUAAGGCAAAGUCAUGAUAUAUUUGACUUGCACAGGAAAGCAUUGAAAUCAAAUAUAAGUUUGGUCACCCAGAACAGAAGCUGUGAAGUAAAGAACCCAAUUGAGAUUAAUGGACAUGCAAAGCAUGAGCAACAUCAUACUGAAAUAAAAUUUCCUGAAUGUGUUAAUUCUGUAAACACAAACUCCCAACCCCUUAAGGCGCAAAGGACUCAGAAGAUAAAUAAACCCCAUGUAUGCAGUGAAUGUGGGAAAGACUUCAUCAAGAAGUCUCGCCUCAUAGAUCACCAGAGAGUUCAUACGGGAGAGAAACCUCAUGGGUGCAGCGUAUGUGGGAAGGCCUUCUCCAGGAAGUCCAGGCUCACUGAACAUCAGAAAACUCAUAUAGGAGAGAGACGGUAUGAGUGCACCGAAUGUGACAAAGCCUUCCCCAAGAAAUCACGGCUACUCACUCAUCAGAAAACUCACACAGGAGAGAAACCCUACGUUUGCGAUGAAUGCGGAAAAGGCUUCAUCAAGAAGUCUCGGCUCAUUAAUCAUCAGAGAGUUCACACAGGAGAGAAGCCGCAUGGAUGCAGUCUGUGUGACAAAGCCUUCUCCAGAAAGUCCAGGCUCAUUGAACAUCAGAGAACUCACACGGGAGAAAAACCUUACGAAUGCACGGAAUGUGAGAAAACCUUUCGCUGGAAAUCACAGCUCAAUGCCCAUCAGAAAACUCACACAGGAGAGAAGUCGUUUAUAUGCAGUGACUGUGGCAAAGGCUUCAUCCAGAAGGGCAAUCUCAUUGUACAUCAGCGAACUCACACGGGAGAGAAACCCUAUAUAUGCAACGAAUGUGGCAAAGGCUUCAUCCAGAAGGGCAAUCUCCUAAUACAUCAACGGACUCACACUGGAGAGAAACCCUAUGUAUGCACUGAGUGUGGAAAAGGUUUCAGCCAGAAAACUUGCCUUAUAUCACAUCAGAGAUUUCACACCGGAAAGACUCCCUUUGUGUGUACCGAAUGUGGCAAAUCUUGUUCACACAAGUCGGGUCUCAUUAACCAUCGGAGAAUUCACACGGGGGAGAAGCCCUACACGUGCAGUGACUGCGGAAAGGCUUUUAGAGAUAAGUCGUGCCUCAAUAGACAUCGAAGAACUCAUACAGGAGAGAGACCCUACGGGUGCUCCGAUUGUGGGAAAGCCUUCGCCCACCUGUCAUGCCUGGUGUACCAUAAGGGAAUGUUGCACACCAGAGAGAAAUGCGUAGGUUCCGUCAAGUUGGAAAACCCUUUUUCAAAGAGUCACAGCUCAGCUCACUUGAGUGACAGAGUACAGGAGAAAACCCCUGUUGAUGCAGUGACUGUCCGGAUGCCUUCAGUGGCAGGUCAGAUUUCAUUACACAUCAGUGGGUUCCUAGCGGAUGGGAACGUGGCCACUGUGGGACCGCCAGGUGCCAGAGGCGCAGCCUCCGCAGGUAACAGAAUUGGCACAGAGAAACCUUAUGAACGCAGGGAAUGUGGUAGUACCUUCAGUGACCAAUUAUGUCAUAUUGUAUGUCACAAAAACCACACAGGAGUAAACUGUGAUACAAUCAAGGCGGAAGACCCUUGAAUAAAACAUUCUAGCUCAUUAUAUGGCUUACAAGUGUCUGCUGAGACAAGUGUGCAUACAGAGACUGGGAGAGCCUUUCGUGGCACCAUAGACCUUAUCCGUGCUGCUUCAUGUGUCACAUGUCAUGAGCUCCUGGUUGGUAGAAAUAUAAUGAUCGUGGGAAAUCCUUUUCCAGAAAUAAGACUUCAGUAGG